GCCCGCCUCGCCGCCCUCGCGCUCUCCUUUGCGUUCGGCAUCGUAGCCCUGUCCACGGGCAUCAACGCGCUCGCAAAGUCCUCGGACCAGAAGCGCACGCUGAAGAAGGACGUGCCCUCCGUGGCGUCCGUCACCAUCAACACCAACGACGUGCUCAGCUCGGGCAUCGUCGUCACCGUCGUCUGCGCUCUCAUCGCGCUCGUCUCCUUCCUCUCCAUCGUGCACGCGCUCUUCUUCCGCCUCCGCAUCGUCAAGCGCAACCCCGACGGGAACAGCUGGGGCGCGCUCCACACGCGCCACGCGCCCCGCGCGGGCGCGGCGGCGCUCGCCUUCCUGAGCGUGUGGCUCUUCGCGACGCUCGUGCCGUUCACGGACUUCGUCGCGAACCGCUCCGCGAAGAUCAGCGCGAACAUCGGCGGCGUGCCCCUCAGCGCGGGAGACAUCCAGGCGUACCAGGCCGCGUUCGGCCUCACCUCCGUCUACCACAAGCUCGGCUACCUCGUGGCGGGCACGGUGCUUCCGUGGAUAGCCCUCCUCUUCUCCUCGCUCGCGUCCGCGCUGUCGUUCCACUACGCGCGCCAGGCG